CUCUGGAUGGUUUCUUGUUUUUCUGUCAGUCGGGUUGAGAAGGUUAAAGACAGAAACCUUAGUAGGAACAAGUGUGGCAUCGAGUCCAAAUGGAGCUUCAGCAGCCUUAGCUGUUCUUUCUUCGAUUGACAGAAGAGAAACUUUAAAGUUUUUCAGAGCGGUACAGCAUCCUCUCUUUGCAGAAGCUGGGAGGCUGUCGUUGGACGGUACAAUGAGAGAAGAGGUGUCCUGCACCAACUCCCCUGAAGGAGGGCUGGGAGCCAGCGAAGAAGAACUGGAGAGGGCAUCUAAGAAGACGAUCCAAUCAGUAAACCGAAAACGUUCCCCUUAUCCCAAGAAGGACAGUGUGGGCACAGCAGAGGAGAGCGGAGCCGGCAGUCCAAACAGCCUUCUGCCGUCCGGGCCGAAGCGGCUGAAGAAAAGCCCUUCGACAGUCGUGUCGCUGGCUCCCACAUCGCUGGGCCCCAGGCCAGAUCAGCCUUUUGAGGACCUCCACUCUCAGCGCGUCAUUGCCAACGUGCGGGAACGUCAGCGUACACAGUCACUGAAUGACGCCUUUGCCUCUCUACGCAAGAUCAUCCCCACGCUACCAUCAGACAAGCUGAGCAAAAUCCAGAUCCUGAAGCUGGCUUCACGCUACAUCGACUUCCUCUACCAAGUGCUGCAGAGUGACGAGAUGGACGCCAAGCUGGCCAGCUGCAACUACCUGGCCCAUGAAAGACUGAGCUACGCCUUCUCCGUAUGGAGGAUGGAGGGGGCCUGGGCCAUGUCCACCAGCCACUAGGACCCCAACAAAAACUCUGCCCUUAAACCCUUGUGUGUCCGCGUCUCCACUUACCCACCUCUGUCUGUUUGACCCAGUUAACCUCUAAACACUUUCAGCUCUUCCCUUUCAGUUUGAUCUAAGCCUUUUCUCACACUUUUGCAAACACUGCUUGUUGUGCUUCAUUUAUCUGCUCCUUUUCAGUUUCCUCCGUGCAGCAUUAACAUCUUUGCAAUGAAAAGAUUUCAUAUAGUUCUGUUCUCCUCCACGGCUCCCGCUUCGUCUGCUCUGCCCCCAUCGUUUACAAUCAUGCAGCGCGAUGCCUCACUGCAGCCCCAGAGAAACUUGACAACUGGAGAACUCUGUUUCCCAGAAGAAGGAAUUUGUUCCCGCCUCAGCAGACAAUCUUCACUUUUCGACCUUCAACGUUUUCUUUCCCUCUGAAUGGACCUGACACGUGCUGGACUCAGGACUCUGAGAUGUUUUCCUGCAGCUUCACUCUGUGUUUCUGAAACACAGAGAUAACAAAGCAGAACAUUUUAAAUGACCAAAACAAGAAAAAAAAAAAACAUUAACAGCUGGCCUGCGGAGACAAUGAACUUAACGGCUGCUGGUUCGAGUGCCUUUGUGUAAGCGUGCGGUGACCACCUGACUCUUUGCAGCACGUCGCACAAGAGGACUCACCGCCACACGAACUGGCGGUCACAGCCAAUGAAUGUUUACAGCUAAAUGCUAAUAAGCUAAUCUCCCUCGUGGGAAAAGAGCACGAGGAAUUUUUAUGCAAAUCAUCUACUUUUGUGCUGUAGUAACUGGAUAGCUUUCUGCCUGUUUUGCUGUUAAAAAAAGCUGAUUGUGAAUUUAGCGUAUGCACACUGUAUUAUGUAAACUGCAUGUUCAUUCAUAAAAAAGGCCCAAAAGAAAGCAUCUCUGUAAGCCAUAAACCACUGAACACAGCUCAGUAUGUCACACUGUGUUUAGUUUUAGUUGCGCUGUUAUUCGUGAAUGUCGCAGAAAGUAUCUUAAAAUGCAAGAAAUCCUUGAAAAUAUCUUUGCAAACUGUGCUGUGACUGCUUUCAAUGAAUAACGCAGAAAAAUAAUAAUAAUGAGGUAAACAUUUCUUUUAAAAUAUGCCAAAAUGCAGACAAAGCGAUUACUGCUACAGUAUAAACAAUUUGCUAGUAACCAGAAGUGGUUAAUUGCUGGUCGAUCGUGUUUCUUUUGCAUUGUUUUGCAUCUGCUUUUGAUCACCUUUAUCAGCUCCUGUGGAAAAAUAAAAAUUGUCUUGGUGA